AUGGGGAGCAAGAUCUUCGUCAUUAGGCACGCCGAGUCAAAGCACAAUGUCGACCACAACUUCGAUCAAUUGGAUCCUGGCCUGACUGAGCUGGGACUGCAACAGGCCGAACAGCUCGGGCGAACAUUCCCUGAUCCAGACCGAGUCGGUCUCAUCUUGACGUCGCCACUGCAACGUGCGCUUCAAACAACGCUCUCAGCCUUUUCAAACAUCCUCGACAAACGCUACUUCGACCCUCAAUCCAGCCAAGGGGUGAGCGGAGGCGUGGAAUUGUUGGUCGACGCAGACGCCCAAGAGCGAAGCGAUCUCCCUUGCGAUACAGGUUCCGAUAGGGACACAUUGGCGAAUACGUUUCCACGGUUGGAUUUCUCAACUUUGCCUGAGAGCUGGCCUCGCAAGGAUGGCCCGUAUACUCCAGACGACGAAGCUCUUCGGGCUCGCGCAGGAAACCUACGCCAACGUCUCAGGGAGCUCGACGAGUCGCUCAAUGAUCCAAACAAGGCCAUCGUGGUGGUUACGCAUGGCGUUUUCAUGAAGUUCUUGACUCAAGAUGAGACCAUUGAUCUUCCGAAAGCUGGUUGGAGUGUUUACUAUGCACGUCAGGAUGCGGAGGGAGGUUCCGUUCUGGUUCCUGCCAAGUGA